AUGAUUUCCUUCUAUCGCCAGGCUUCUUCCAAAUCGCUGUCGGUAAAACUCAAACUGCCAAACCGAGUCCAACCCGAGUUUAUACCGCAGCACGGAAGGGAAGGUCGUUACACCAACAAGUUGCACUUUUUCAAGAAGCAUUUGCUGGACGAGGCCCACAAGAAGAAGUACGCGUUGGACUUCUUGGAGCCCGUGGACACGGAGGCACUGAAGGUGCCCACGUACUACACGGUUAUCGAUCGCCCCAUGGACAUCGGUACCAUCCUGAAGAGAGUGCAGAACAACUACUACAGAUCCAUCAACGAGGCGAUCGCCGACUUCAAGCUAAUCAUUCGCAAUUGCUUCGUAUUCAAUCAGCCGGGCGAUGUGGUUUACCGCAAAGGUCAGAUGCUGGAGAAGUUCUUUACAAGGAAACUCAGAUGCCUGCCUCCUGGGCCCGAGAUGCCCUGCAACAAGGACCCCAAGGCGACGGGCAGGUCCAGGACCAAUGUCAGAAAGAUGGUCAGUUCCGCUCAAACGGAACGCAGUUGCCGCGAUCUAUUGAAGAAGUUGCAGAACCUCACCAAUCAGUCGGAAACCACGGCGCGCAAUUUCUUCAAUACCAAGUGGGAUUCGCUGCAAAAGAAGCUGGACAGGCAGCACUUCAAGUCCGUCCAUGAUUUCUGCAUGAAUGUGGAUGGCAUCUUCAGGAAGUACCACGAACCGGCGAAAGUCAUCUACGAGAGAGCCUUUAGCCAGCCGGGCACGUGGUGGGCCUCCAUGAAUGUAGUGCCCAGCUCAUCGGUCCAUUCCGCUUUGGAUGGCGCAGAUCUAAACGAGCUGCUGGCCGCCGCCAAGGCGGCGGAAAACGGCUUGGUGCAGUGCCUCCAACUGCCGGAUUCGUGGGAGCCUCUGAGGGCCAAGGGUUUGGUGGAGACCUUCAGUGGCACCUUACGCAAGAUGAUUUAUAAGCUGGAGGCAGCCAACCGAAGUUCUCAGAAGCCAUCAUCUAGCAAGCGACAGAGCUUGAGCCCCAAACAGGAAAAGGAUUUGGUCCAAGGAGAAUGCAAGCCAGCUAAGGAUUUGCUGACUAGCAGUGAAAUCGAUAGCCUCAUGGUAGUGAGCAUUGAGUCCUCGGAUGACGAGGACAUCGAUGUCUCAGCGAAUGUUCCCGAAGCGGAGCGACAUGCCAUACAGAAGCUAUUUGCCAAACUUCCGACGAACGCCAUGAAGGAGAUUAUUCACAUGGUCCAGCAAAUCGAAGGAUUUUCCUCGGAGAGCUGCGGCGAUCUGAGCUUCGAUGUCAAGGGUUUCGCGCCCGAUACCAUGGUCCUGAUGAAGAAUGCCGCCACCAAGGCGAUGCGGGCCCAUAGCAAGCUGAAUCUCAGGGACAUGCAGCCCUCCGAAAAGGAAGGACUACAGCGCUCCCUGCAAUCCCAGCUGGUGGAUAUUACACGGAUGCUCAACAAAAAUCGACGCCGCACUGGUGGUUCCCUGGUCAACUUCAGGACUAAAAAUAAUAAUUGCAAUAACGUGGUGCGCAAGAGACCAACUGCUCCGCUAUCCGCCAAAUUGAAGCCGCCACCGGGAAACGUAGUGGCUCCAAAACUGGGAAUGGGUGUGGGUGAGAGUCGCAAUCUGAGCGAUACCAGCGACGACUCCUCCGCACCAACUAGUCCUGUCAGGCAGCGGCCUAUUGAUGCCACUCCCAUGGGCAAUCUGCCGAAGAUGAGUAAUCCUCUGCAGACGCAACCCUUUGGACCCCAAGGGCUGACGAUCGUUGCCGAACUCCAGAUGAGCAGCAGCAGCGAAUCGGAAAAGAAAUCCCAUUCAGGCAGAAAUUCCAGGCCCAAGUUAAGCUCCAGGUCAAGCUCCUGCUCCAGUUCCGGCUCCAGCUCCAGCUCCUGCUCCAGCUCAUGCUCCAGCUCAGGCUCGAGCUCGAGCUCCAGCUCAUCCUCGGGCAGCAGCUCCGCCUCCAGCAGCGAAUCCUCCGAGGAUGAAGGGGUAUCCCGUGCACCCGAAGCACAGCUGGGCAUGGGCCAAUCCUCAUAA